AUGAACGCCCGCUUCCAAACAGCAUCAAAGGAAUUGUCUUGGAGAAACCCCAGAUAUGCUUCGGGGCGCCUCGUUCCCGUUAAGGCACGGCCUGCACGAGUGAUGCAAAUCCACACGAAAUCGUAUCAGGAUUACGGAGCUGCCGGCGGCUUAAGCUCAACUGUCCCUGUAGCAGGCAGAACGAAGGUUCUCCAGCUGCUUGGGGAGGGCCUCAGUACGUACGAUGGCGAGCUUUUCGGGCCUGCUGUGGCACAACUCAUCGCAGAAAACCCCACUCCGCAACCUGGAAGCCAGUCCCUUAGUUUGGGCCAAGGCACCUGGCAGGUGUUCUACGCGCCGCACAUCGCCCAAAUGUCUUCCGUGCUGGGCACUAAGUUCCAGCCCAUUCAGUACCGCCUGUUCGGAAACGCACUGGUGUCCAACGUUAAAUACAGCAACCCGCUGUUGGGCGAGGGUUGGCUGAGCGCCGGCGGCACCAUGGACCGCAAGUACGACGACGCGGUGGAGGUCACGUUUGACAGGUUCUGGGUGGAUGUGGGCGCGGACGGCCUGCGCGCGGACCUGCCGCCAGAUGCCUCCUCGUCGCUGCUGACGGCGGAUGGAAUCAUCGGCGCCCUGGGGCGGGCGGCCUUCUUCCCGCAGUUGGCGGUGUUCCCGGUGCUCUACCUCGACAAGGAUCUCGCGGUUUUCAAGUUCACGCCGCUGGACAGCGCCAUUGCUGUGCACCGCGUGGCGUUUUGCGCGUUUUGCAGGGGCUUAUACAAUAUCAGUGAUAUGCGGCGUGACAAACUCACACAUAUACAUACGCACAAGUGCACGCACAAAGCAAGCGCGGGAGCGCACGUUAGGAAUGCAGAGGGCGAGAGAGAAGCGAUGACGUCCGUUGGGUACGGCGUCAACGAAGAGGUCGGCAGACAGGCAGCUUGGCUCCGCACCGCAACGCUGUAA